UAUGCUGGUUUUGUCGUAACGCAGCUCAAAUACUUAGUUUCUAAUUUCAGAUUGAUUAUGCCAAGAGACGUGAAGAAAACUUGCGCCUGAACAGAGAAUUUCUAAGUCAGUUUGGUCUGGAUAAGGCUAAACAAGAUCUCCUUGCGUCGGUAAAGAAGACUGCGCCAUCUAAUAGGGGCCUGAAAAAGGAAAUAGUUCCAAAGGAGAUUUUGCCACGAAGAAGUAGUCUGAGGUUACAGAACAAAACACCAGACGGUAUAGAGUUACCACCGGAAGCCCUGAUUAACAGAGUGGCUUAUACCUUUUCUGAACCAGUUCAACAUCUGAGACCCCCAGCAGGGCCUCUUGAGAUGAAGGAAUAUCUUCAUGGCUCAACGACUGAAGAAAAUCAUACAGAAACAUGCAGAGUUUUAACAAGUUUAAAAAUGAACCCAUUUAAAACAGCAAGUGAUGAUCUAGAAAGAUAUGCUGAAAAGAUGUCAAAGACCAAAGUAACUGCAGAACAUGUAGCAAAAAGUGGUUCUGAACAGACCUUCUCAUUGGCACUUCAUCCCUCAGACACUAAAGUGAUAGCAGCAGUGGGGGACAAGUGGGGAAAAAUAGGCAUCUGGGACGUACUUUGUGAUAGUGAAUCAAGAGCUGAAGGGGUGUGUUGUUACGCGCCUCAUUCCCGACCAAUCACAUGUCUCGAUUUUCCUGUACACUCGCCAGAGAAGAUGUAUUCUUGUGGCUAUGACGGAAGUCUGAGAUGCGGAGAUAUGCAAAAAGAAAUCUUCAUGGAUGUAUUCAAUGAACCAGAGGAUGAUGUUUUGUUGAGGAAUUUCGUUUUCACGUCUCCACACACUAUGUUGGUGUCUGAAAACACAGGGUGUGUAGCCUGUGUCGACAUAAGAACAGCCAGGUAAGAUUUAUAAACACUUU